GUUUGGUGAGUGAACGCGCAGUGAUUUUCAGCGCGUUUGCAAAUGUUGCUGAAAUCUGUGCUGGAAUUGUUGGAAAUUCUCUCCAGCUUUCAGCUUAAAACUUUUUCAAACUCCAGGAGGUUUUGAGAAGAAGUGUGUUUACUGAAAAAAAAAAAGUUUUGUUUGUUUUUUGGGGGGAAGAUAUGCGCGUUUUCACUCCGGUCAGUGGGUCCUGGCCAAGCGGAAAACUAACCCGUCGCGUUUUAUUUCUUUUCGCCAGUCUUGGAUAGCGAGCUGACGCCAGUGUGUUUGGAGAGAAACACUGAGACGCGUUCAUGAGAUUCAUGCAUUUCGGAGUUUCUGCGCGCAGCUUUAAGCGCUGAAGUCAGAUAAGUGAUUAUUCUUGAUUUUUUUUUUUAUAGAAAAUACUUGUUUUGGGAUCUUUGCUUUUUGGUUUGAAAUCAUGGAUCCGAGCCAGCAUAACCCCCCCGCAGGACACCAGGUGGUCCAUGUCCGCGGAGACUCGGAGACCGAUCUGGAGGCGCUCUUUAACGCCGUGAUGAACCCCAAAAACGCCACCGUGCCUCCAUCCGUGCCCAUGAGGAUGAGGAAGCUGCCAGACUCCUUCUUCAAACCACCCGAGCCUAAAUCACACUCCAGACAGGCAAGCACAGAUGCAGGCACGGCCGGCACGCUUACUCCACAGCACGUCCGAGCGCACUCCUCGCCUGCCUCCCUGCAGCUGAGCGCCGUCACUUCCGGCACCAUGAGCACCCUGGGCCCGCCCGGCACCUCCCCUCAGCACCUGCGCCAGCCCUCGUACGAGAUCCCUGACGACGUGCCCCUGCCUCCAGGCUGGGAGAUGGCCAAGACCCCAUCUGGCCAGAGAUACUUCCUUAACCACAUUGACCAAUCAACCACUUGGCAGGACCCCCGCAAAGCCAUGCUCCAGAUAACCCAGACGAACUCCGCCAGCCCCGUCCCCGUUCAACAGCAAAACCUCCUGAACCCAGCCUCAGGUCCUCUUCCUGAUGGCUGGGAGCAGGCCAUCACAGCAGAUGGAGAGAUCUACUACAUCAACCACAAGAAUAAAACCACGUCCUGGCUGGACCCACGACUCGACCCACACUAUGCUCUAAACCAGCCGCGAAUUACCCAGAGUGCUCCGGUAAAGCCAGGCACCCAGCUCCCCUCCAGCCCUCCGAACUUGGCCGUCAUGGGAGGGAGACUGCAGCAACUGCAGCUGGAAAAAGAGAGACUGAGGCUUAAACACCAGGAGCUGCACCGCCCAAGACCACAGGAGCUGGCUUUGAGGAAUCAGCUGCCCACCAGCAUGGAGCAGGACAGCGGCACUCAGAACCCGGUGUCGUCCCCUGGCAUGGGGCAGGACGGCCGCAGCAUGACCACCAACAGCUCGGACCCCUUCCUCAACAGUGGGACGUAUCACUCCAGAGAUGAAAGCACAGACAGCGGUCUGAGCAUGAGCAGCUACAGCGUCCCACGCACUCCAGACGAUUUUCUGAACAGCGUAGAUGAAAUGGAGACAAGCGACUCCCUCGGCCCGGCAUCCUUGGCGACCCAGCCGAGCCGUUUCCCAAACUACCUGGAUGAAAUCCCAGGCACCGAUGUGGACUUGGGCACCCUGGAAGGCGAGAGCAUGGCAGUGGAGGGCGAGGAGCUGAUGCCGAGCCUGCAGGAGGCGCUGAGCUCCGACAUUUUAAACGACAUGGAGUCCGUGCUGGCUGCGACCAAAAUCGACAAAGAGAGCUUCCUGACCUGGCUAUAGAUCAGCUUUAAGGCCUGCGCUCUCUUCACACAGAACUGCUGCCUAGGCCAAUCUGUGAAGGAUGUGUAGAUGCUUUGAGGUUCCUUCUUCCUAAUUUUUUUUUUUUUUUUUUUUUUUUAAAGACAUUUCACUUUCUUAGACUUUUGAUUGCGUCCCCCCUCCCCUCCACACACACUUUAAGCAUUAAUCACGGCUGGACUGGUUUCACUGGGGGCUUUUUAUUCCCCUUAAUAUAAACCACACAUGGCUGAACUGGUUUUAAAAUCAGAUUUAACUUUUAUUUUUCAUAUCCCGUCCCAGUACUUUUUUCUUUUUUUUUUCUUCCAUGUCUGCAUCCUCAAGGCUGGCCCAUGAACAGACACUUAUUCACCCAGAUACACCCUCUCCUCGUAUAUACAAAAUGUAUAAGGCUUUGACAAAAAUCUUGAACCCUCAUCAUUCUCGUAUCUGACCUCAUCUUUCCCUUCCUUUUGUUCACUACAAGCCUGGCAAACCAAAAAACACUUACGAGGGCUGCUUGCGUGUGUGCGCAAGGAAGAUCACGAGGGUCGAACCUGUUGCUUUAGAAAGGCGGAUCGCCCUGCUCGGCUGUGCCAGCAUCUCGAACCCUGAUCGAUUCAAGUGCCUUCGGUUUCAUCUCUUAGCGCAGCGAAUAAAACACUACUUUUGAACGCUAUAUAUAUUUUCAAAACAAUUCUGACCACACACUUUCUAUUUACAGUUUUCAUUAAUCGAAAUUGUCUUUUAAAGUUUAUAUGAAAAAUGCAUUUUUUUUUUUUGUUUGUUUGUUUUUUUUUCAUCAACCCUAGCCUCAGUCUCAUUUUAGACUGUUUAUAUAUAUAUAUAUAUAUAUAUAUAUAUAUAUAUAUAUAUAUAUAUAUAUAAAAUUAUGAUAGAUCAAAUUCUUUUCUUAUGGUUUCUUAGCUAACCUGGUUGCCUUCCAGCAUGCUGCCACUGUUUAAUCAUCGCAGAGUAGAUGAUUGCAGAACCAAUUCUCGCUAUUACUUAGUUAUCAGCGGAAAUAUGAUCAGGCUAGAUUUCAGAGAGCUGUUUUUUGUAUUUUAAUAUGUAGGUUUUUAAUCAUUAUUAAUGUUUUAUUCAGUGACCGUAUCGUUCAAAAGCGAGAAGCAGGUUGCCAGAGGAACCUGUCUUGAUGACAAGUUCAGGAUGAGGAUGGGUGUAGAUGUGAUCGGAAGUGAUUAAAGUGAAGGAUUUGCCAAGUGUUAAGCUGGAUAAAUUAGCACGUCUCGAGGGUUUGCGGUUUAAAGCGGAGGCGGGUAGCUGGGAACGGGUUCGGUAAUCAUGAUUAAGAGCGAUAAAGUUGUAGAGUUUUAACGGAAACAAUCAGCGUACAUAACUAGAAAGGAUUUUUUAAAUUGUUAUUAUUAUUAUUUUGCUUUUGACGAGGCUUCCAAAGAGUUUGAGUUUUUACUUUUUUUUUAAGGAAAAUUUUUUUUAAUAAUUUAUCCUAUUCUUUGUGUGUAUACAUGUAGCAUAAGCUAAUGAGAGAAAUGUCCAGCUGAUGGUUAGUCAGUGGAUAUGUGAUGACUGUCACGAAAUCUCCCAUACUAGACACUCGAUGAACAAGUUACCAAGAGCAGCCUUGAUGUCAGUCGUUUACAUUAUUGUAUAGCGAAAGAACACUACAGACGUAGAUGCUUUAUAUGAGAUGCGUAUCUUAAGAUGUUUACAAGAUUAUUACCCCCCACACACAGAUACACACUACUCAAAGAUGAUAAUUAUAUGUGAUUU